GCCGGCGAUCUUUUCGAUAAAAUAUGUGAUCAUUUGAAUCUUCUCGAAAAGGACUACUUCGGCCUUUCCUAUAGAGAUCAUGAGGACUCGCGGAAUUGGCUUAAUUUGGAUAAAAGAAUGGGAAAACAAAUUCAAAAUCUUCCGUGGAUUUUUAAUUUUGAAGUCAAGUUCUAUCCGCCAGACCCGACACAACUACAAGAAGAUAUUACAAGAUAUCUAUUAUGUCUACAAAUCCGGAAUGACAUCCUCUCGGGUCGUCUUCCCUGUUCUUUCGUGACGCACGCAAUGUUGGGCUCAUAUUUGGCUCAAUCAGAAUUGGGAGACUUCGAGCCCGAAGAGCACGGAUCUAAUUACUUAUCGGAAUUCCGUUUCGCACCCAAUCAGACGCAUGAGUUGGAAGAGAAAGUGUGUGAACUUCAUAAACAACAUAGAGGUCAGACAUCGGCCGAGUCUGAGAUUCAGUAUUUGGAAAACGCGAGAAAGUUAGCGAUGUAUGGCGUGGACUUACACCAGGCCAAGGACUCGGCCGGUGUCGACAUAAUGAUGGGCGUCUGCGCGUCGGGUCUACUCGUAUACAGGGAUAGGCUUCGCAUUAACCGUUUCGCGUGGCCUAAGAUUCUCAAGAUUUCUUACAAACGAAACAAUUUCUACAUUAAGAUAAGGCCGGGAGAGUUCGAGCAGUACGAGAGCACAAUCGGCUUCAAACUGGCCAAUCAUAAGGCAGCCAAACGGCUCUGGAAGACAUGUGUCGAACACCACACCUUCUUC